CUCCUUCUCUACACUCUGUGCUAUGCAUUGUGCAUGCUGCUACUCUGUUUCUCACUGUGACAAACAAACAAACAGGGGCGGUGCGUGAUGGUUUCCGAGGCUGACCUAAAAAAUGUGACACCCAAUGAUGAUCAGUGUUUUUUAGUGUAUUUCAUUGUGGGAACCUACUUUGGUCCUGACGUCAAAUCCGAAGCAGCCACCAAAAAAUCAAUAUUGCAGAGAGUAGCAGAAGGGUUUCCUCCAUACACAUUGAAUCAAUUAACCAAUUCUUUCAUCAAAGUUGUUGAAUUGGAGCGUGUUUAUUAUUAUAUACUCGGGAAGAGUGAUAAAUCACUGAUCCUUAAGUUAACCUUUCUGCGUCGGUUCUUUCAAGGUCAGAGUGGAAAUACCAAUUACCCCCACUUUCUCGAUUUGUUCCCUCCCCACUUACACCCUCACUCCCGCUUCCAAAACCGCUAUAAAAUCAUUCACAACGUUCUGUUUAUUAACAAUCCUGAUAGCAGGUACAUAAAGCCAGGGGACGUUGAGAGGUUCAAGAGACUGAGUGGGGUGGAAGAGUUGCAUGUGGACAGAGACGCUGUCAGGUUGCAACUGGGUGUUUCUUCUUACGACAAUUGUGUUCUAAACAACUCUAGCAAGCCCAUGGGGAAGAAUGACAAUGAGUUCUCUGGUAGGUUUUAUAAAUUUCAGGAUAAUGUUAAUGGUCGUGUGAGGGAUACUACAAGUAAUCGACAUCAGGGUGGUGGUGAUAUUGAAGAUGAUGUGAGUAAUGAUCCUGAAGAAGUUGGGGCAGCUAUGUUGGUCCUUCCUACACGUCCUUCUAUGGAGGAAUUGUCUGACAUGGUGGCUGCUACAAAGAAUGGAUUUGCCUUAACUGGAAGUGUGGCUAAGGCACAAUUUGGUCCCAGCAUAGGACUUCUGGACAUUGGAGAGUGUGAAGACUCCUACCUGUUUCGCGUGUCUCUUCCAGGAGUCAAAAGGGAUGAAAAGGAACUUCUAUGUGAUGUUGAGACUGAUGGAAAGGUAUUGAUAUCUGGAGUAACUAUAACAGGAGAGACUACAGUAUACAGGUACUCUCAUGUUUUUGAAAUGCAAACUCAAAACCUUUGUCCACCAGGUCAAUUCACCUUGUCCUUCCGGCUGCCUGGUCCUGUUGAUCCACAUCACUUUUCAGGUAAUUUUGGCACUGAUGGAAUUCUUGAAGGAAUUGUUAUGAAAGCGAAAUCAGGAUGAACAAGUUGUUUGGUUAGAAUCAUCUCUUUUGUUUCACUAGACACCAUUGAAAGUUACUAUGGAUCGAUACAAAAUGUCAAAUAGCUGUGGGUUGAGUGACAAUAUCCAGUAUGGUAGCUACACUAUCUUCACUUUCAAUAUCCAAUUGUCACAUGAUUAGCUAAUCCAUUUUAUCCACAUAUGAAAGAGUGGUUCACAGACUUGUGUUAAUUUUGUGCUUACUACUCUGCAACUUAAACACACAAUCCCUCUUCAUUUGGUAACUCUAUAUGUAAUUUAUAUUGUUCCAUCGAUCUGGAACUAGGCCCUCAGUGACUGCACAUGGAAAUAGUUAUGAUUUAUCAAUGAUUUUGGAUAACAGUAAAAGUUGAGUUCUUUCUUCUUA